AGCCAUCUCCUCAGCCAUCUUCCGACGACGUUGAAGCAGGCGCCAGCGACGCACCUAACCCGAGCCUUCGGAACUGAUGUCGUUGGCGAUGCCGUCGUGGUCCAGACCCCCGGGGGCAGGCAGCAACACGGGGCCGGCAGGAGGCGAGGGAAACGUCGCCAAGAAGGGCAAGAAGGGCGAGAAGGACGAACUCAUGAAGCUUCUGACGGCCAUCGGGCGCUUGGUGCUGGCGCAGGCUCGAGCGGUUGCCGACUUGGCGGCAGUGGUAUACGUGACCUUCAUGAUGCCUCUUUCGGGGGGGCUUCCCGCCGCCAUGCAGGCGGCGGGCAAUAAAUACGAGAACGAGAGCAAGUCCAUGAAGGAGUCAGGCGCCUCGCAGGAGCAGUACAAGAAACGAGGCCCUCCGCACAUUCACGUGUUCGUGGCGGCGUUCCAGUACGUGGCGGAGCGCACGGCGGCGGAGGGGCAGGAGAAAGAGAAGACCAACGCGCUCGAGGCCAAGGAGGCGUGGACCAACAACAUCGCCUCGAGCGGCAUGGAGGACAUCGCGGAGGCGGUGCUCUACUUCAGGCUGAAGGUGCUGCGCAAGGAGGAGGGCCAGGAGCAGCAGUGCCUGGUGAUCACGAACUUCAACAAGGAGUCGAAGUUGGCCCUGGCUUGCCGCCCGCACAUCAGGAAUGUGAUCCAGUACGAGGGCGGGACGGCAGUGCACGGCUCGGCACCCAGGGGCCCGCUCGAGAGGGAGAUCGCGAAGAUGGUGAACCACGCGAAGUAGCUCAUUCCGCUCUGGCGCCUCGUGUCGGAGGCAUUGACAGGAGACGGGGGCAAUUUUUUUGCAGCUCUCAGAGACUGGCGGAGUUGGAAGCUCGAGGCAGCAUCAGUGCAGAGACCGCGGCUAUGGCUCGAUCUGGGGCCGUGCUGGUAAGUAGCCACGCUGACGAAGAUCUGCCUGUCCACCCGCUGGUCUACCUUCCUGGCCACGGCCGGGGCGCGCCGAGCAGACGUGGCGGGCGCGGACGUCGUGACGGCGGGCGAGGCUCUCGCGCCUGAGUGGGCGCCCCCCGUAGGGUUGCGUGCCUUAGGGGGGCUGCUCGCGGGCCUGCGCCCCGAAGGGGAGCGCAGGCAGGGCAUGCAGAGUCGUUGAUUUUUUCCUCCGCGUUGGGAUGCAAGGUCCCGUCUCAGAAUCCAAGCCUGUCUGCAAUGGAGUCACGACACGAGUUCGGCGUAGUGGCACUGUAGAUGCAGGAUGAUUGUGGAUUCCUCGAGGUUCGCUCGCUCGCUCGCUCGCCCCCCUUGCUCCCCCCCAUCGC